UUUCAAAAAACAAAAAGUAUAAAUAAUUAACUCUCCAAUUGAUGUUCAAUUGUUUUCUUUCACAGAUAUUUGCAAAUCUAACAAAUCGAUUUUUUCAGCCAUGAACUCAAUCCGCCUUGUUGUUAUUGCUGCUGCAAUUAUCUACGGUGUCAGUGCCAUCACCUGCCCCAGGUGUACCGAUGAGAAUGACUGGACGACUUGUACUGACACACAAACAUGUAACGGAAAUGAUGACACUUGCCAGCUGGUUGUGGAGAAUGACGGCAGCAGACACAGAGUGAACUACCAUUGUACACACAGCCAGAACUGUCAACAACAUGAGACCCAACACUGUGACAUCACCGUACAUGGACACUGCACCUUCUGCUGCGACACCAUCGCUUCCUGCAGAAAUCAGAGAGAGGGACUCUUCGACUCUUUGGCGUAAUUAUACACAAAAUGAUUCACAUACUGAAAUGAUGGAAGACCAUAUGUUUAACAAAUAAUGACACAGGAACAUUCAAAUUUGUUCACCUGAGAUCGUAGAGAUGUAUUAGCACAAUAGCUCAUUUUUAAGAACAAUAAAAUUUCGUACGAAACAAAA